UCUCCCCCUCAGUCCCGCGCCCCCAGUCCCUGGCGUGCAUCUCAACACCCCCGGGGCCCCCUCUCCUGGCACCCCAGCUCCAGUUAUUAAUAUCCGGCGCGGGCACGGGGCCGCGGCGCAUUCCCAGCUGGCGGCCGGGCGGGUGGCGGCAACCAGGAUCCCGGCCGGAGCUCGGAUGCCCGGCCAGGCCCAGCAGGCGGAGCCCCUUCUGCCUCAAAUCCGGGCCCCUCGCAUGCCCGCGACAGAGCGUUUGGAGACCUGUGACAGCGGAAGCUUGACCUGCUGCUCGGGGACUGAGCGCGAGCCCGUCGCCCACCGAUGCCCCCGGCGGCACACCCGGCCCCAAGCCCCGCGUGAGGCGGCACGGAUGGCGGCGCCGAGUCCAGAGCCCGCGAGCGGUUUCCCCGCGCCUGAGUCGCCCCGCGGCCCCAACGCAUCGCUCAACAGCUCGUGGGCCAGCCCCGCGGAGCGCGGCGCGCCGGAGGACCUGGUGGCCACGGGCGCCAUCGGGGCGGUGCUCCUGGCCAUGGGCGCGGUGGGCGUGGCGGGCAACGCCUACGCGCUGGUGGUCACCUGCCGCUUCCUGCGCGCCGCGGCCUCGCUGCACGUCUACAUCGUCAGCCUGGCGCUGGCCGACCUGCUCUACCUGCUCAGCAUCCCCUUCGUCGUGACCACCUACGUCACCAGGGAGUGGCACUUCGGGGACGUGGGCUGCCGCGUCCUCUUCAGCCUGGACUUCCUGACCAUGCACGCCAGCAUCUUCACGCUGACCGUCAUGAGCCGCGAGCGCUGCGCCGCGGUGCUGAGGCCGCUGGCCACCGCGCAGCGCUCCAAGGGCUACCGCAAGGGCCUGGCGCUGGCCACGUGGCUGCUGGCGCUGCUGCUGGCGCUGCCCAUGAUGCUGGCCAUCCGGCUGGUCCCCAGGGGCCGCAAGAGCCUCUGCCUGCCGGCCUGGGGCCAGAGUGCCCACCGCGCCUACCUGACGCUGCUCUUCGGCACCAGCAUCGUCGGGCCCGGCGUGGCCAUCGGGCUGUUGUACCUGCGCCUGGCGCGGGCCUACUGGCUGUCGCAGCGGGCCUCCUUUCCGCGGACGCGGCGGCUGCCCAACCCCCGCGUGCUGCAGCUCAUCCUGGGCACCGUGCUGCUCUUCUGGGCCUGCUUCCUGCCCUUCUGGCUGUGGCAGCUGCUCGCGCAGUACCGCGGGGCCCAGCCGCUCUCGCCCCGCACCUCGCGCAUCGUCAACUACCUGACCACCUGCCUCACCUACGGCAACAGCUGCGUCAACCCCUUCCUGUACACGCUGCUCACCCAGAACUACCGCGACUUCCGCCGGCGCGCGCCCCGCGGCAGGAGGCCCUCGCGCAGCGCCCCGCCCACUCCCAGCGCUCCUCCAGCCUCGCCGUCCUCCAGCAGCCCGCAGGCCUCCAAGCCCAUCAGCCUGUCCCAGGAGGUCCCAGGGGCGCCCUCGCCUGAGCAUCCUGGUCUCCGGGUUGGCCCUGGGGUGGGGCGGCUGCAGCUGGAGUCCUGUGGAGAACCGGGUCCAGCCCCUGCGGACAGCCUCCCUCGCUCCGUCCUCUCCCAGAGAGUCCCCUGCCCUCCCUUCCCCGUCGCUCGCUGCAGCUGUCCGCCCGGAACUGCCCCGUCCCCCGCAGGCCCAGCCGCGCCCAGUGACCCCCGGUCAGUGCCAGCCCGGCCCCGAGGUGGCACACAGCCGCCUGCCUGGGACCCACGCCUCCGGGCUGCCGCGUGGCCCCUGUCCUGCCCCUCGUGGCCCCGUGACAAUAAACGCUGA